AUGGCUUUCAUCCUCUGGCCGUUGGCCUUGGCGUUCCUGCCACUGGCUACAGCGUCCUCGGACAGCUUUCGGGCGAAUUGUCUCGCGCUGAGACCGGAAUCGUACAUCCAGAAUUCAACUCGCACAGUGCUGGAAUACGUGCCUGCAGGGACAAAUCUCACUUUUCCGGACAAUGAUGCCACCUGCUCGCGUGCCAGUCAGGUCGUGUCGUCUGAUGUGUGUCGAAUGGCGUUGAGUAUUCCGACGUCGAACCGGUCCAGCAUCACCUUUGAAGCCUGGUUGCCACGAGACUGGACCGGUCGCUUCUUGGGCACAGGGAACGGAGGGAUUGACGGGUGUAUCAAGUACGAGGAUCUGGCCUAUGGCUCAUCCGAAGGCUUUGCCACGGUCGGAUCUAACAACGGACACAAUGGCACAACGGCCAUUACCAUGUUGAAUAACCUUGAUGUGACCAUUGACUUUGCUUGGAGAUCACUGCAUACAAUGGUGACAUCUGGCAAGACACUGACAAAGAAACUCUACAAGAAAUCACCAAGCAAAUCAUACUACUUGGGGUGCUCACUGGGUGGCAGACAAGGUAUCAAGACCGCCGAGGUAUUUCCAAAUGAUUUUGAUGGGAUUGUGGCGGGAUCUCCAGCACUCGAUUUCAACAAUCUCAUCUCCUGGAGAGCAAGAUUCUUCCCCAUUACAGGGCCUAUAGGCUCUAGCGACUUUAUCACAGCGGAUCAGUGGAAGAAUUUGAUCCAUAAUGAGGUUCUCAAGCAAUGCGAUGGCCUCGACGGUGUCCUCGACGGUAUCAUCGAGGACCCGACUAUUUGUGACUUUCGCCCAGAGGCAAUUGUGUGUCCUUCGACGAAGAAUAGCACCGACUGUCUCACGCCGAAGCAAGUUGAAAUCGUGAAGAAUGUGUUCAGUCCUUUCUAUGAUGAAGAUGGUAAGCUCAUCUACCCGGCGAUGCAGCCGGGAAGUGAAGUCUAUGCUGUGCAAAAGCUAUACGCCGGAGCGCCAUUUUCUUAUUCAGACGACUGGUUCAAAUACGUUGUCUACAGUAACCCCAACUGGAACGCCUCGGCUUUCAAUCUCAAGGAUGUUGCAGCUGCUGAAGCCUUGAAUCCAGGCGACAUCCGAACCUGGCCACACUCUCUCGCUACUUUCAAGUCCAAAGGUGGCAAAAUCCUCUCGUUUCAUGGCCAGCAAGAUAACCAGAUUACAUCUUUCAACACACCUCGCUUCUACGAUCGCCUUAUGCGAGGGAUGCAUGCAUCGACAUCGGAUCUCGACGAAUUCUUCCGUUUUUUCCGCAUCUCGGGCAUGUUCCAUUGCAAUUCGGGUCCCGGAGCGUGGGUUGUUGGGCAGGGAGGGGCUGAUGCCGCAGCAGGAAUUGGAUUCACGCCCGACAAAAAUGUGCUCGCAGCGCUGGUCGCAUGGGUGGAGAAUGGCACGGCGCCAGACACGAUCAAGGGCACGAAAUUCGUGAACGAUGAUCCCACCCAGGGAAUAUCCUUUCAGCGAGACCAUUGCCGGUAUCCGUUGAGAAACACGUAUCAGGGCGGCAACUCGUCGCUACCAGCAAGCUGGGCCUGCUUGCCAGUGGGGGGCGAAUACGCAUGA